UUUGGUUUUUGUCUUUGAUAACUGUCAAAAAACUGAAAAGGAAGUUCAAAUUCGGCGUUUCGGCCUGGUUUUGAUGAUGGAUUUUAUUUGAAUUAUGGAUCGUGAAAGUUGUAAUUAGUUUGAAAUUAAAAUCAUCAAUCUUUCUGUUCUGAUGGAAGAAACCAGAUCAGUCAUUUGCUCUUCAUCAGACCCCUGUGUUUCAUUUCACAGGGUCCAUCGUAGUGCUUUGAUUUUGAUUCGUGUUCCAAGUUCGACUUGUAUCGCUUGAUACUUUUUGUUUCCGUAUUCUAAAAGCACGUAGUGUUUUGAAAAAUGGAGUCAAAUCCGAUGUGUAUGGCUCUAUCAGCCGUCAAAGUGUUACGUCUCGAAGUAGGCAAUUUAUUUUCUACUUUGAGCGCCGGUGUCAAAGAAGAACAUGGUGAAGAAGGACGAGAGUUCAUCUCCGAAAUCCAAAGCAUGCUCAGUGCUAUUAAUCAUCGUUAUAGGGAAUUGGAACAAACGGUUAAUAACAUCAAAAUACCGCCUGGAAGCCUAAUGCUAUCGAAUAGUAGUUAUUUUGCCCAAGAAAACAGCACAGAUAAACAGAAUUUAUACAGUCCUUUGGUCCGGAGUCAUAAAUGGAGCGAUAAGGUACAUAAAUACAGUGCUUUUGCCCAUUCUAUAUUAAACGCUAAUUCAUUGAAGAAAUCCAUCAUAUUUACUUCUAAUAAUAAUAAACGAAAAAGACCGCAAACUGCUUCGCACAAUAUUAGUCCUCAAACUAUGGAAGCAUUUAUCGCCAGUAUGGAUCGUAUGUUUAAAGAUAUGAAUAUUCAAAUUUGCAGAGCUUUCACCACAAGUACCGUCGUUCAAGUUACUUUGGGUAGAAUACUUCAAGCAACUGUGGCGUUAAAAGGAUUCGUUAUCGAAUGGGUUGUGGUUAGAGGAUACACCGAAUCUUGCAAUUCACCGGCUGAUUUAAUGUCUGAAUCAAGGUAUCAUGUAUUUCGUCGAAUAAGUGAUCAUGCUCAAGCAGCGACGCUCCAUUUUGCCGAUUUCGCGAUGCCUAUUGCUAUGCCAAACGUGCAUGAAUUAGCUACCAAAUCUUUUUUGACAUGGUUGCAUAGUUAUUCGUCUCUUUUUACCAAUGUUUGUAAGCAGUGCGGUAAGCAUUCGUACGAUUGUUAUCCUCCUACGUGGAGAGAUUUCAAAAAUUGCGAUCCUUAUCAUUUUGAGUGUAAACCUUGACUGAUUUCUUUUUGAUCAGUGCACGAAAGGAUGAUCAAAAAUUUGAAGUGUAGCUGUAGAAAUACACAAAUAUUGUGAUGUCAAACAUUCAAAAGGAUAAUUAUUUAAUUAUUAAUUAGACAAAGAUUUGACUGGGUUGAAGUUAAUUGAGAUCAUAUUGCUCUACUUAUAUUUGCCUAUUUUUCAAAAAAGUGCUUCAGUUUUAUCAAAUAGGUUGUGUUCACAUUGAUAGUUGUAAGUUCGCCUACUGCAUGACUUUCAGACUAAUCAGGGAAUCUAAGCACAUUAUUUUUCGUGCUAAUUUUAAGAAGUAUUAUUUUUGUAUUUUUUCAUUUUGUAAUAAUCAUAUUGUGCUUAUUCUAAUCAUUAUAUAUUCAUUCUGCUGUGCAGCAGGGCACCGGUGAUUUGAAAGUUAUAAUUCAAGUAAGUUCUCUGUUGAUAUUGAUUUUGAAUUAUCAUGCUUUCAUGCCUAAUGGAGAAAUGAUUGUCUUUGUAUUUUGAUGAAUUAAAUUUUUCCUAUCUCAAGUUCCUAGAAUAUUACGAAUAAAAUUCAGGUUGUAGCAUGUGAA